UGAAAUUUCUCUGCUUUCUUCCCUUGGAGCUGAGAUCUCUCUGCCUUUUGGAAACCAGCUUUGCAUGUGUAGGUCCAAGGUCAGUCUGCAGAGGAUCAAAGCCUGGAGACAGAGGGAAUGGCCCCUGGGACCCAGAAACCCUCAUCCCAGGAGUUGGUAACAUUCCAGGAUGUGGCUGUGGACUUCACUGAGGAGGAAUGGUGCCUGUUGGACCAUUCUCAGAAAGAGCUGUACAAGGAGGUCAUGCUGGAUAAUGUCCAGAACCUGCUCUCCGUGGGACUUCUAGUUCCUAGGGAAGAUUUGAUCUCUCCUUUGGAGCAAGGGGAUGCACCAGGAAUGCUAGAGCAAAAAGACCUAAGGAACUCCUGUCCAGAGACCAUGUUUGGAGUAAAUGAAAUGACUACAAAGCUGAGAAUUUUUGUGGAAGAAUCUGGCCAGCAAAGACUCAUGAGUGAUGGUGCCUAUGACUUUGAUUUGAGAGAAAUCUGUGACUCAGAUAUGAAGGUGGAUAAAAAUCCAAAGAUUCACUGUGAAUUUGAAAAAACUGGGAAGAGAUUCAGACAGUCUUCAGUUCUAAAUCACUGUAAGGAAAUGACCUCAGGAAAUGACUGUUUUCAGGAUGCUGAACUUAGCAAAUGCUUUCCUGAACAAGUAGAGCUUUUUCGGUCCCAUGAGAAGCAUACUGAAAUGCAAAUGGAUCAAGGUAAUCCAUGGGCAAUGGCCUUCAGCUGGAGUUCAGACCUCAUUAGACAUCAGAAAAGUGAUACUGGAGAAAUGCUUUAUGGAAGUAAAGGUGGGAAGGCCUUGAGUCAGAACUCUAAACUUAUUACUUAUCAGAAAAUUCACAUAAGAGAGAAGUCUAAUGAAUAUAAUGAAUAUGAACCAACUGUAUCCCAUCACACACCACUUCCUUACCAUCCUAGAUUUCAUACUGUACUGAAACCACAUAAUCAGUGUGAAAAGACCUUUGAUUGGAACUCAGAUCUUAUUAGACAUCAAAAGAUUGAUACUGGAAUGACCUUUUAUAAAUGUAAUGAAAGUGGGAAGGCUUUCUGCUACAGAUCACUCCUUAUUGGCCAUCAGAGAAUCCACACUGGAGAGAAAUCUUUCUAUUGUAAUCACUGUGGAAAGGCUUUCAGCCAGGUGCUGCAUCUUUCUCUACAUCAGAAAACCCACAGUGGAGAGAAACCUUAUGAAUGUAAUCAGUGUGGAAAGGCUUUCCAAUUUAACUCCCAUCUUGCUGUACAUCAGAGAAUUCACACUGGAGAGAAACCUUAUGAAUGUAAUCUAUGUGUAAAAACUUUCACAUAUGGCUCCAGUCUUGUUAAACAUCAGAGAAUCCACACUGGAGAGAAACCUUAUCUAUGUAAACAGUGUGGGAAGGUUUUUAGAUUCCGCUUCAGCCUUACUGAUCAUGAGAAGAUCCACACUGGAGAGAAACCUUAUGAAUGUGAUCAGUGUGGAAAGGCUUUCAGACAGAGCUCCAAUCUUGUUGCACAUCAGAGAAUCCACACUGGGGAGAAGCUUUAUGAAUGUAAUCAAUGUGGAAAGGCUUUCAGACAGAGCUCCAACCUUGUUGCACAUCAUAGAAUCCACACUGGAGAGAAACCUUUUGAAUGUAAAAAGUGUGGAAAGGCUUUCACAAAGAGCUGCAGUCUUGCUGAUCACGAGAAAAUACACAGUGGAGAGAAACCUUAUAAAUGUAAUCAUUGUGGAAAGGCUUUCACAGUGAAAGGCAAUCUUGCUAGACAUGAGAGAAUCCACACUGGAGAGAAACCCUUUGAAUGUAAACAGUGUGGAAAGGCUUUCACACAAAGUUCCAGUCUAGCUGCACAUCAGAGAAUCCACACUGGAGAGAAACCUUUUGAAUGUAAACAAUGCGGAAAGGCCUUCAUAAAGAGCUAUAGUCUUGCUGAUCAUGAGAAAAUCCACAGUGGAGCAAAACCUUAUGAAUGCAACCACUGUGGAAAGGCAUUCACAAUGAAGGGCAAUCUUGCUAGACAUAAAAAAAUCCACAUGGGGUAGAAGCCUUUUGAAUGUAAUCAGAAGAACAGCUUUCAAAGAGAGCUCCAAUUUUUCUAACCAUAAGAGAAUCUGAAUUGUUUUUGAGAAAACAUGUGAAUGUAAACAAAAGACUUUCACAAGGAGUUCUACUCUUGCUGCACAGCAGAGAAAUCACACUGGAGAGAAGCUUCAUGAGUGUCAUGAAUGUGGCUGAACUUUUAGUUAACACUUAACUUAUUUAACAAGACAAUCCACACUACAGAGAAACCUUAGGAUUGUAUUCCUAAUUGUAAAGCCUUCAGGCAACAAUCAUCUCUUAUUUCUCAAGAAUUCAUAUUACAUAGAUGUCUUGUCACUGUCAUUAAUAAAGGAAAACAUCUAAAUGGA